UUUCUCCUAAUGUCUAUAAUUACAAAUAAAACUAUUGGAAUUAUUCCUGAAUUAAAAACUGAGUUAAAUAAACUUGCAAAUCUGGAACACGUGACAGCCAAUCUACAUGCGAAAAUAAAGCAGUCUGCAGUAAAACAGAACACGUGUUUUCAAGAUUAUGAUGAUCUCAUCAAGCUGCAAAUAGAAAACACUAAACUUAAACAUCGGUUCGCCAUUAUCAUAAAAUCAAUAACUGAAGAGAAAAAUACAAAUUUUAGAAUGCAUGAAGAUAAUACUCUUUCUAUUAUGGGAUAUUUGGAAAAAGUUUUUACAAAAGCAAUUUCCAAUGCAUAUCCCAAGUUUUCUAACGUUCCAACUAUUAUUGCGGCUGUGAAUGUGUCGUCAAAAUUCGGAGACUACCAGUGUAAUAACGCUAUGGGACUAGCCAAGAAAAUGAAGGAACAAGGAAUUAUAAAAACCCCACGAGAUAUUGCUCAAGAUAUUAAAAAAUGUGUUCCAGAGUCUCCAAUAAUAGAGCAAGUAGAAGUUUCAAGUGCUGGAUUCAUCAACAUUUUUAUCAGCAAGAAGCUUGCUGUGCUCUCGUUAACAAAUAUGUUGCGGUAUGGCAUUCAGCCACCAAAGGUUUCAAAAAAACGCGUAUUAGUUGACUUUUCUUCUCCAAACAUCGCAAAACAAAUGCAUGUUGGUCAUUUACGUUCCACCAUAAUUGGCGAGUCAAUCUGUAGGCUUCUUGAAUUUCUACAACAUGACGUUAUUCGCAUCAAUCAUCUUGGGGAUUGGGGAACGCAGUUUGGCAUGCUCAUAGCACAUCUAGAAGAUCGUUUUCCAAAUUUUCAAAACGAGAGCCCACCAAUAGGAGAUCUUCAAGAAUUUUACAAAGAAUCAAAGAAACGGUAAGUGGUAAUUGUAACAACUAUUU